CGCAUGAAUCAGGCAUGAAUCAAUUAUAGCGUCUCUUAUGACACUUAUUGUUCGUUUUUUAAAGUACUUUUUAUAAAGGAAAAAUGAUAAAAACUAUCACAAAAUAUUAAUUGUAUCGUGAGAAUUAAUAAAUCUAUUCAACUAUUUUGCCUAAAAUACACUUUUAUAAAUUUGCUUUGUAGAAAAGUAAAGUACGAUUAAAAAAUAUAAUUUACAAAAACAUCCGCAAUGUCUAAUGUACAAAUUGAUGAUGAUAUUUACGAUGGAUAUAAUGAUUAUCCAUCAAUAUAUAGUAUCAAAGAUCUUGAACAAGAUGAAUUAAUUCAAGAAACACUGCAUACAAGUUAUGCAAAAAGAUCAAUUUUUACACCAAAAGUACCAGGAAGUGCUAUGCGUUUGGGUACUUCAACUGGGUUUCACAGAAGUGGUACUGGUAUACCAGUGCGUCCUAAUACAAGUGGACUAAGGCCAAUGACUGCAGUCAGAGGAGCUGGUUAUACUAGUAGUAAUCGUCAACCAUUUGAUCCAUUGAAUAUGAAUAGUUCUACCAAAGGGCCCGCACCACCUUUAGAAAGUGGAAAGGAAGACACGCCUGAAGAAAAAAUAAAAGUGGCUGAAAGAAAAAUUAUGGAACUAAUAGAAAGUUCAGUACAAGCAUCAUAUGAAAACAAUACAAAAAUUGCUUUAGAGAGAGCCAGAGAAGCUUCUUCGAGGGAAAGAGCUCUUAUUAGACUACAAGAACAAGCUGGGCUUAGUGACAAUCAUAAUGUAGAUUUAACAUUUGCUGUCAUUUUUAAUUUGGCAACUCAAUAUACUAACAACAAUAUGUUUACUGAAGCUAUAGCAACUUACCAAGCUAUAACAAGAAAUAGGAUGUUCAGCAAUAGUGCCAGAUUAAAAGUGAAUAUGGGAAAUAUAUAUGUCAAAAUGGGACAAUUGUCUCAAGCAAUUAAAAUGUACAGAAUGGCAUUUGAUCAAGCUCCAGCAGCUCAUAAAGAUUUAAGAAUAAAAAUAAUGCAUAACAUUGGAAUGUUAUUUGUACAAAUGGGUCGUUUGGAAGAAGCAGCUAAUAGUUUUGAAUGGGUCAUGAAAGAAAGAGCUGAAUUUAAAGCAGGCUUGCAUGCUGUUUUAUGCCAUUUUGCAUUAUCUCAUAGGGAUAAAAUGAAAAGGUCAUUUUUAGAGUUAUUAGAGGUUCAACUUAACAUAGAUCAGGAGGACAGAUAUAAUAUAAGUACAGAUGAUGCUGCUUUUAACAUAUUGAAUGAAAUUUUAAAAAAUGAUGAUUUGUCUAAGUUGGAGAAAGAGCUAAAAUUGGAAGCAGAGAAAACUAUUCUUUGUGCUGCAAAACUCAUUGCACCAGUAAUUGAAGAUACACUCACAGCUGGUUUUGCUUGGUGUGUGGAUACUAUAAAGUCUUCAACUUAUGGACCAUUAGCUGCUGAUUUGGAAAUAAGUAAAGCUAUGGUAUUUUUACAUAAUCGAGAAACGCAAUUGGCUAUUGAUACCUUAAAAAUGUUUGAAAAUCGUGAAAGUAAAGCUAAUAGUUCGGCUGCGACAAUGCUUUCAUUUAUUUACUUUCUUCAAGGAGAUUACGAACAAGCGGAAAGAUGCGGAGAAAUCGCUCGAAAUGCGGAUAGUUACAAUGCAGCAGCUUAUGUUAAUUUAUCAGCCUGUGCAAUCAGAAAGGGUGAAUUAAAUAUUGCUAGAGAACUUCUCUUAUGCUCAUUAGAUACGGAUGCUAGUCACGUGCAAGCUCUUUAUAAUUUAGGGUUAGUAUAUAAAAAGCAAAAUAUGUAUGAAGAAGCAUUGGAAUGUUUUUGGAAAGUUCGUAAUAUUGUUAGACAUGAUCCACAAACAGUAUAUCAAAUUGGUCAAUUAUAUCAACUUAUGAAUGAUAUAGACCAAGCAUCAGAAUGGUACAAUCAAUUACUUGGUAUAAUACCAUGUGAUCCUGGAGUUUUGCAAAAAGUGGGCGAAAUGUAUGAUGCUGGUGGAGAUAAACAACAAGCUUAUCAAUUUUAUAGCGAUUCUUAUAGAUUUUUUCCCGCCAAUUUUGAGGUAAUCGAUUGGCUUGGAUCAUAUUUCGUAUCGAUGCAACUUGCUGAGAAAGCGCUAGUUUAUUUUAAGAAAGCAGUAGAACUUGCUCCUGAUGAGCCAAGAUGGCGAUUACUUGUCGCUGCAUGUUUAAGACGAAUUGGUCAAUUUCACAAAGCUGUUUUGGAGUAUCAAGAUAUUCAUAAUAAGUUUCCUGAGAAUAUUGAAUGCUUGAAAUUUUUGGUUCGUUUAUGUAGUGAUCUCGGCUUAAAAGAAGCACAAUUAUAUGCAACAGAAUUAAAACGCGCCGAGAAAGCGAAAGAAUUGAAGGAUAGACAAGGAUCAGCAAGACCAGGUUCAAGAAGAAGUAAUAGUGGGGCAUCAUCACGAACUGGUUCUGGAAUGAGCGUAUUAUCAGACCACAGGUCAAGUCCCACAUUUAAUAGAAGAGAAAAUCAAGGUUUAAGUAGUGCUGGUAUCGCGCGACCUAAUCGAGUUUCUGCAACUGAAAAUAUUACGGACGUGGCAAACGAUGUCACUGAUCAAACAGGUACUCCUUAUGUUGAUCCCAUUGGCCCGUUACCUGUUCGUCCUAUGACGUCUGCCGGAAAAAGAGAUGAUGAUUUUGGUGAUGAAGAACUCGGGGAUGAUCUGUUGCCGGAAUAGAAUUGAGGAUCCAUGGAUCUACCGAAAAGAUUGUGGGAAAAAGGCGAGAGGUAUCAGCUGCGCGACGCUUGAGAAAGCUUUACGUUUAUGCGCGUAUUACAUGGUUUUGUAUCGCGAGUACAAUAUCACGUGGUCUCAAUGCGUGCGAUAUCCUAGAACGCGUGUGUGUAUCCGCAUUCACGCGAUGCAUCAGAGAGACUGUCACGAGUUAAGACUGUCUGUGCACGAAAAGGGGCAAGCAUAGGACAGAUGUAGUGGUCGCGUGUGUGAAACGUGUAAACGCGUGUGUGGGCACGAAGGCGCGCGCACGUAAUACGCGCCGAUAUGGUUUUAAAGUUCGAGCAGUGGGGAAAGCGACAAUCUGGAGGCUCGACUAGUUGCUACUCUGAGGCGGAGUACAUUUCACGGUAUCCCACCCACGUGCUUGUACGUGUGAGUGAGCUCUGUCACGUCUCGAGAAGUUUACAGUCACUGACCGGUAACUGGACCCAGCGAAGGAUAGGAAAGGAUCAAGAAGCUGAAUCGCGCGAGUCGACAGUCAUACGUAGAAAGUAUUAGG